AAAGCCUCAUGGCAAUGUAGAAAAAGACAUAUCCAACACCAAAAAGAAAAACCACAUUCUCCUAUAUUGAAUAGUCAUGUUAGUAUUUUUAUUUCUUGAGUCUGAGAGUGCAACACAAAACUAGGGUCGAUAGAUUCUGUUUUCGGUGAUGGUAAACAGAAACAAUGCUGCAGUUGUAUCCUGGGAAUCUGAGCGCUAUGCAACCGUCACACUACGGGACGUUUAAAGAUUUAAGGAAAGAGAUUAACCAUCUCGACUCUGCAAUUUUUUCUUCAUUCGUUUGUUUCGGUGGACGGUGGACCCAAUCUAAAGAAGAAACCAGUUUCUUGAUUUUCAGACAAAGAUGUUCGAAGGUCGACCACGAGAUUCUUGUCUGGUUUCAACGCUUUUCGCCAUGCCAAGCCAUAACGAAACCCAAUGGAGCUUUUCACUUUCUGGCAAACGCCGUUUUCUCAACAGCGACGAGACUGAUCUUCGUAACCGCAAGAAAAAGACUCAUGGUGAGCUCUCGAUUCUUGACGGAGGGGAAGAUGAUGAAUGCUCAGCCAGCAACAACAACAACAGCAACGGAGGAGAAAACGGAUCUUCGGACUCUGAUUCGCUAAUCCCAGGGAUGAACAAAGACGACUCCAUCAGCAUUUUGCUUCGUUGCUCACGAGCUGACUACUGCUCCAUUGCUUCAGUGAGUCGAAGCUUGCGCAAUCUCAUUCGAACCGGAGAGAUUUACAGACUCAGGAGGGUACAAGGGACGCUCGAGCACUGGGUGUACUUCUCGUGCCAUCUCAACGAGUGGGAAGCUUUCGACCCGAGGUCGAAACGGUGGAUGCGUUUGCCGAGCAUGCCGCAGAACGAAUGUUUUAGGUACGCAGACAAAGAGUCCCUCGCUGUCGGAACUGAUUUGCUUGUGUUUGGUUGGGAAGUGGGCUCUUACGUAAUCUAUAGAUACAGUCUUUUGACUAACUCUUGGUCUACCGGGAAGAGUAUGAACAUGCCGAGAUGCUUGUUCGCCUCCGCUAGCUACGGAGAGAUUGCGGUUUUAGCCGGAGGUUGUGAUUCCAACGGUAGGAUUCUUGAUACGGCGGAGAUGUAUAACUACGAGGAUCAGACUUGGUCGGUGUUGCCGGAGAUGAACAAGCGGAGGAAAAUGUGUUCGGGUGUGUUUAUGGAUGGGAAGUUUUAUGUGUUUGGUGGGAUUGGUGUUGGGGAAGGGAACGAGCUGAAGGUUUUGACUUGUGGUGAAGAGUUUGAUUUGAAGACGAGGAAGUGGAGAGAGAUUCCUGAUUUGUCUCCACCGAGGUCUAACCAGGGGAACGGAUUGUCCGCGGCUGCUGGGAUGGCUCCACCGCUUGUAGCGGUUGUGAACGAUCAGCUGUACGCGGCUGAUCAUGCCGGUAUGGCGGUUAGGAAGUAUGAUAAGGAGAACCGGGUUUGGGUAAAAGUUGGGAGUUUACCUAAGCAAGCCGGUUCGAUGAACGGUUGGGGUCUAGCGUUUAGAGCUUGUGGGGAUCAGGUUAUAGUGAUUGGUGGACCCAAAGCUCCAGGUGAAGGAUUCAUUGAGCUUAACUCAUGGGUUACAAGUGAUGGUACACCACAGUGGCAUUUACUUGGGAAGAAACAGUCGGUUAAUUUCGUUUACAACUGCACCGUUAUGAGCUGUUGAAAGAAGAGAAAAACAUAGAGAGUUUUACCGGGAGAUAUGGUGGAGUUAGCCAGGGUAUAAACACACAAGUCUUAUUAGUUAUGAUAAAUAUAUAAAGUUCAAGGAGAUUGUUGUUCUGUUACUUGUUGUAAUUGUCUAGUUUUCAUGUUUCCUGCUGAGUUCUAUGAUCUUUACACUUCAAUGGAUGUUUCUUAGGAGCCCAUGUUUCUUCUUUUCGUUUGUUGCAGUACAAAGAGGGUAGAUCACUAAGAUUUGCUAGUA